GAGUGAAGGCAUUGAGCUCAUUGAGUAGCGGACAAUUGCAGUGAGUAUCACCAUCAGUACCACAACGGCACGCCAAGCCCCGGUGCUCAGACCGACCGACCUCCCCACAGAAAAUCCGCCACAGUCAUUCCCUGCCAGCCAUGAAACAGACUCUGCUCGAGCUGAUGAGGAUGAGCAGAAUAUGCAGGAUGGUACUCGCCACUUGUUUGGGAUCUUUUAUUCUGGUCAUCUUUUAUUUCCAAAGUAUGUUCCAACCAGUCAUGCGGAGGAACCAGUUUGCGGCGGACGUGUGCUGUAGGAAAGGCUCCCGCAACGCACUGCAGGAACUCUACAACCCCACACAGUCUGAGUUCUCCAGUGCCGCCAUCCUCCACCAGGCCAGGAGAGACCAUGUAGCUGAGUCAUGUCGGGCCCAGAGUGCAUCCAGCCGCAAGCGCCGGGUCCUGACCCCCGGUGACCUCAAACACCUGGUGGUGGAUGAGGAGCAUGAGCUCAUCUACUGCUAUGUCCCCAAGGUGGCCUGCAGCAACUGGAAACGUGUCAUGAUGGUCCUCACGGGACGCGGCAAGUACAGUGACCCUAUGGAGAUCCCUUCCAACGAGGCCCACGUCCCGUCCAACCUGAAAUAUCUGAACCAGUACAGCAUCGCUGAAAUCAACCACCGCCUCAAGAGCUACCUCAAGUUCCUGUUCGUCCGGGAGCCCUUCGAGAGGCUCGUCUCCGCUUACCGCAACAAGUUCACCCUCAAGUACAACUCCUCCUUCCACCGCCGCUUCGGCACCAAGAUCGUCCGCCGCUACCGGAAGGACGCCACGCAGGAGGCGCUGCUCAACGGCGCCGACGUCAAGUUCCGGGAGUUUGCCGAGUAUCUUGUCGACCCGGCCACCCAACGCGACGGCCCGCUCAACGAGCACUGGCAGACGGUGUACCAGUUGUGCCACCCCUGUCACAUCCACUAUGACCUGGUGGGCAAGUACGAAACCCUGGAGGAAGACGCCAACUAUGUUCUGCAGCUGGCGGGAGUGGGCGAGUCCCUGCGCUUCCCGACCUACGCCAAGUCCACCCGCACCACAGACAGCAUGACGGCCCAGUUCUUCAGCAACAUCAGCUCCCAGCAGCACAGCCAGCUCUUCCAGCUGUAUAAAUUGGACUUCCUCAUGUUCAACUAUUCCAUGCCAAGCUAUCUGCGACUGGACUAACGACUAGAGGACCAGGACAUGACUAGCCAGCUGGGACUCUGGGCACGAUCCACUUUUAUUAAGAGAAGAACAUGAGUGAAAGUGGAGAACAGAUAUUUUUGCAGAAGCUUUAUUCAAAAACUGUCGUCGCUGUUUCUGGGGGGUGAACAGGAAGGACUGAGGGGAAUGGGAGGGACAGAGAUUGAGGAAAGUUGCUGGAUCCGAUUUGACGUGAAAGAUUCUUGGUUAUCCAAUCAGCAUUGUCCUGAAGGUGAUAAAGGAGGAAGUGGAGAUCCUAUAGCAUCAGAAUGCAGGGUUCGGGUGGAGCUGAUGUCAGAGGUUUUCUAAGAGGGGACAUAGAGGAGAGAAGCAGGACUCCUGGAGAGUGAUCGAUAUGUGUUCUGUAUGUACAUGAGGUGGGACUCUUGACCAAUUAGUCUGCUAAGGAAUCUGCACAGCAAACGGUGGCCUCGCAUGCACGUGCCCUGGCCCCAAAGCAUCAUGGGAGCUGAGCUUAUUUUAUAACGAACAAUAGCGAAACUCCGUCAAAUUGUAAAACACAUCCAUGUCCUUCAGUGUGCUGUAUCCUGGGUGUGUUUGAUACGCCCACCAAUUAUACAUUUGAUAAGUAAACUGGCUCUUGGCUCCACCUCAAGCCCUCCUCAUUAUAGCUGGCUAUUGACUUUGCUUUAAAGACCUCUAGAACCAUUAGGCGUAAACAGUGGAGCUACAAUUUACAGCCAACUGCUCUAAAGUUGUAGCUAUGCUGUCAAGAUCGCCAUCGUCAUAGGUGAAAAACCUCCUGAAUCCUAAGGUUUGCCAGGUGAGGCCUCAGACUCCCAUAGCAGGAUCUGAAAAGGCGGCCAUUUUAGAAAGACGCUGAGCACCCUCGAGGCUUUGAGCCACAGGAAGUGGUCAGAAGGAAUGAUUGACAGGUGUUAGGUGCCUCCCACUGACCCAGAGAGGAACUGUAGAAGAGAUGGCCCGUGUGGCUGUGAAAGGGUUUAAGGGACAGGAUCAGGAUCAGGGACAGGAUCUCAUAAAUCCGCCCACACCCCAAAAUGGGCCAUGCCCAUUACCCCCCCACCCCCACCCACC